AUGGAGGGAGCCAUUGGGGUGGCUAGAUUGGGGUGGCUAGAUUGGGGCAGGGACAUCUCUCAGGGGAGCAAGAAGACCCCUCAGGAGGAUAUCGCCUACCUGCGCUCUGUCCUGCCCAGCACCACUGAAGAGGCCUUCUUUGAGUACCUGUGCACCGUGGAUGCCUCCGAGGUGACCGUCUCCUCCGUGCCCGAAGGCUCUGUUGUCUUCUCCAGGGUGAGCAUGGGCCAGGGUCCCGCUCCUGCAGGUGAAGGGGCCGCUGCUGGUGGUGCAGCUGCUGGAGACCACCUUGCUGUGCCUGGUCAGCUAUGCCAGCCUGGUGUCCACGAACGCCGCCCGCUUCCGGCUUCUUGCUGGUCCAGCCACAAAGCUGAUGGAGCUGGGGCUGCGUCGCGCCCAGGUCCGGACGGUGGCCUCUCGGCUUCCAAGUACUCCUACAUUGGGGGCUUCGAUUGCACCAGCAACGUGCUGGCAGGGAAGCUCUAUGGCAUCCCUGUGCAGGGCACCGUGGCCCACUCGUUCAUCAUGUCCUUCACAUCACUGGCGGAGGUGGAGCCCCGGGUGCUGGUGCCUGCCGCUGGAGGAGAGCCGGUGGAUCUCCCCUCGCUGGCCGAGUCGUGGCUGCCACGGGUGUGCGAGCUGCUGCAGGUCUCCCCAAGCAAGGUGAACCGCGGCGAGCUGGCUGCCUUCGUCUCCUACGCCGUGAGCUUCCCACGCAACUUUCAGGGUCUGCUGGACACCUACUGCGUCAUGCGGAGUGGCCUUCCCAACUUCUGCGCCGUGGCCCUGGCACUGAAUGAGCUGGGCUACCGCGCCAUCGGGGUGCGCCUGGACAGUGGGGACCUGGCCCAGCAGUCCAAGGAGAUCCGCCAGGCGUUUCGCGCCUGCAGCGCCCACUUCCAGGUGCCCUGGUUCGAGACCAUCUCUAUUGCUGUGAGCAACGACAUCAGUGAGCGGAGCCUGGAGGACUUUAUCCGAGAGGGCAACGACAUCGACGUGCUGGGCAUCGGGACGAACCUCGUGACGUGCCCGCUGCAGCCGUCGCUGGGCUGCGUCUACAAGCUGGUGAAAGUGAACGACUCCCCAUGCCUGAAGCUCACAGAGGAUGAGGAUAAGAUGACGAUCCCGGGCGUGAAGAGGGUCUAUCGGCUCUACGAUGCUGCCGGUCACCCUUUCAUGGACCUCAUGGCCUUGGAGGAGGAGCCCUCACCCAGCGCAGGCCAGGAGCUCACAGUCCACGUCCUGGGGCAGAACGGAGAGGCCCGCAAGGUCAAGGCUGCCACCGUGGAGGCCUUGCAUCGCACGUACUUCAAAGACGGACAGGUCAGACCGGCUCUACCCUCCCCCGGCGGGCUCAGGGUCCGGCUCCCCGUCCCCGCGCGGCCCGCGCUCGGCCGCCUCAGCCCAGCGCACCGGCGCCUCCGCCAGCCCGAGCCCUACCCGGUGGCCAUCACGGAGAAGCUGCACGGCCUCUUUGGGGAGCUGCGGCGUGCCAGCUAG